GUGUGUGUGUGUGUGUGUGUGUGUGUGUGCGUGUGCGUGUGCGUGCGUGCGCCUCUUUGAGUUAAAGGUGAAGUGACUUUACGCACAAACUCUUCUCCAUCCAAAAGCAUCUCCACUGGAUUACUUGGAGGUGAAACGGCUGCCAUGGCAGAGGAGAGCCUCCGGGAUUUCUUUCCAGAGAUGAGGGAGGUGGAAAAUAAGGUCGGGAGGAAAACACCAGAGAGUCUUCUGAUGUGGAUGAGGGAUGCUGCGGACUGUGGAGACGGCUGCAGGUGUGAUGUGGGGGACAGGGGAGACCACAGCUCUGCCUCCAGUGGAAGCUUCUCUGACAGGAUCAGCUGUUUGAAACAAGAGAUGAGAAGGCUGCGCUCUGCCGAUGUGAGGAUUCUGCGGCAGCUGCUUGCCGUGCACGAGGGUAUCGAGGCCAUGCGUUGGCUGAUGGAGGAGCGGGGAUCCCUGGUCAGUGGCGGCGGCAGCUUGACAGGAAGCCUGAGCAGCCUGGUCACUGUAGAGGAGCACGGGCCCUCUGUGACGCCCUGCAGGGAGAGCCAGAGUCCGACCUUCCCUCAAGAUUUGACAGAAACAACAGGUGAGGACUCCGCAGGUCAGCGAUCACCACAUGAUGAUGGUGAUUCAUUCCACAAGAGCUACUUGGAUGUUCUGAGCCCCGAGUCUGGAGGAGGGAGAUCUCCAAGUCCUUCCAACUCUGAGUUUGAACCCAACCCUGCCAACGGUUUGGUCAGUGCCAGUUUACAAAAGUCACAAACACAGGACGUGGACGCAGGUCAAGACCCCACAGCUGGAGCUUGUACCAUCAGCAGAGCUCUGCUCAGAUCUAGAAAGGCAAGAAAAGAAGUGAAAGCAGAUAUUAGUGGUUUUACCCAAGAGUCCGGGGAGAUUCAAACAGAGCGCAGUCCGCCUCAGGAGAGUUUCAGAGCCUCUCCGAAUGAAGUGAUGGAGGAGCAAGAGAGUGCAUCAACUGCAGAGACUGUUCUGCUGGGGUAUGACGCUCAGUGGUGCUGGGUGGAGUCGCAGGAUGAUGUGACGUUUUUGUGAUUAUCUGUAACUGAAGCUGUUGCACCUCAACAGAUACUGUAGCUGCCAGUUAAUGCAGUGGGACUUCAAAUGCACGUUGACGCUAAGUGUGCCUUGAUAAAACAAGAGGCACUAGCAUAAAAAUAAAUAGUGCAAACUCUGUCAUUGAUUUUUUUUCCCGAAUGUAAUCUGUUUAAUUGUGUUUUUGCUGUAUCCAUAUGUAUUUUAUGAGUGAAAAAGCAAAAACAAAUGAAAAAUACCAUGGCAUUCCUUAAUAUAAAUGAUAGAAACCUCCAAUCUUGGCUGAUAAAUGUUAUAUACUCUUGGGGAUUUGAUUUUCAGUAUUACAUAUAGCCUACGGACCGUUCAUUAAGAACUUCUUCCUUUUAUUGUGGGAAAAAGAGUCAUUUUAGAACAUAGAUGGAGAAUCUUCUUUGUAUAUUCUCCAUCUUGUCCUAUGUUCUAAAACGAUUCAGUUUGAGUUUAUAUUAUGACACAAUGAGUAAUAGUGAUGAUUUUUGGCUUAAAUUGUUAAGCAAUGAUGAGUCCAAUAUAUACAUUUUGGUAAUAAAUAAGACAGACAUGUUGUCAUGAAGGUUCCUCUUUGUUUCUCAACCCAAACAGUAGAGAUGUGUGAAUGUGCUGAAUCAAC